UCUGGCACCACUAUAAAAGUGCUGGACCACCCGGUGCUAGCUCUCCAGACUCGACCAGUUCAGAUCAUCCUCCAGCCGCCAUGAUCGCUCUCCACCAGUUUGAUUACAUUUUUGCAAUCGCCAUGAUCUUUGCGUUCUUGGACGCCUGGAACAUCGGCGCCAACGACGUGGCAAACUCGUUUGCCUCGUCCGUGUCGUCCAGAUCCUUGAAGUACUGGCAGGCCAUGGUGCUUGCCGUGAUCUGUGAGUUCUUGGGUGCCGUUUUGGUGGGUGCCAGAGUGUCUGACACCAUCAGAAACAAGAUUGUCGACGUUUCCGUGUUCCGCGACGACCCAGCCGCCUUGAUGCUUACCAUGGCCUGUGCCUUGGUCGGCUCGUCCACCUGGUUAUCCAUCGCCACCUACAUGGGAAUGCCUGUGUCCACCACCCACUCCAUUGUCGGAGCCGUCAUUGGUUCUUCCAUUGCUGCGAAAGGUGCCAAAAACAUCCACUGGGGCUGGAACGGUGUUGCCCAGAUCAUCGCCUCCUGGUUCAUUGCCCCCAUCAUCGCCGGUCUCUUUGCCUCCAUCAUCUUCCUUGUCUCCAAGUACGGUGUCUUGGAAGUGGCCAAUAUCGACACCUCCUUGAGAAACGCGCUCUGCUUGGUUCCAACUUUGGUUUUCGCAACCUUUUCCAUCUUGACCAUGUUGAUUGUGUGGAAGGGUUCUCCCAAGCUCCACUUGGACAAGUUGUCCAACGGAACCAUCGCUGCUGCCAUUGUCGGCACUGGUGCUGUUGCCUGUGGUGUCUACAUGCUCUGGUUCUUCCCCUACUUCAGAAGAAAGUUGGUGCACAACGACUGGACCCUCAGAUGGUACGACAUCUGGAGAGGCCCAGUCUACUGGUUCAAGUCCACCGACGACAUCCCACCAAUGCCAGCUGGCCACCAGCUCACCAUUGAUUACUACGGUGGAAGACGUUACGACGAGUCUGGUGCCUUGGUCGAUGAAAAGGGUGUCAAGACCGACGACUCCGACAUCGAAAAGGUGCACGAAAUCAACGUGGACACCAAGGAUGGCCAAAACGACUCCAGCGACGAAUCUACCUUCAAGGAACCUGUCCAAUCCUCCAGACAAUUGUACUUCUCCCUCCUCAAGACUCCUUCCAAGUGGCACAUUCUCGUGUGGAAGUUGUUCACUCACGGUGUCACCAGAGAUAUCAUUUCUUCCCAAACCACUUCUACCGGCAUGUUGGCUGGUGACUUGAAGCAAAUGCACCAGUCCUCGAAGUACUACGACAACAAGAUCGAAUUCUUGUACUCCCUUCUCCAAGCCAUCACUGCUGCUACUAUGUCUUUUGCUCACGGUGCCAACGAUAUUGCCAAUGCUACCGGUCCCUUGGCCACUGUCUACUUGGUGUGGAGCACUAACACCGUUGGUUCCAAGAGUGAGGUUCCUUUGUGGGUCUUGUGUUACGCUGGUGCUGCUUUGUCGAUCGGAUGUUGGACUUACGGUUACAGAAUCAUGGCCAACUUGGGUAACAAGUUGAUUUUGCAAUCCCCAUCCAGAGGUUUCUCCAUUGAGUUGGGUGCUGCUGUCACCACUGUCAUGGCUACCCAAUUGGCCAUUCCUGUGUCUACCACUCAAUCUGCUGUCGGUGCCACUGUCUUUGUUGGUUUGUGUAACAGAGAAUGGAAGGCUGUCAACUGGAGAAUGGUCAUCUGGUGUUACUCCGGAUGGCUCAUCACCUUGCCAGUCGCUGGUUUGAUUGCCGGUAUACUAAAUGGUAUUGUGUUGAACGCCCCAAGCUUGGGCCAAACCUACAAGUUGACUAACUAGUCGAUUCUUUCUUUAAUUAAUGCUUUAAUUCUUCUAAAAAACGAUACUCGUAUUCCAGAGGUAGAUUCUGUCGGGUGGCUAGAGUAUUCAUCCGAGCCUUAUAGAUUUUAUUAAACAAUAUAGCAACUACUUUUCAAUUCGAUGUGUAAAGAGAGUAUCUAUCCUAGCAUUCUAGAUUUUUAUAAACGAUACCUAGCAGCAGUAGUACGUCUGGGUAAAGUAUUCAUCCCUCUAUUUCAGUUCCUAGCAACUCAUUUGUAAUUCAAACGUAAUAGUCAG